ACGACCAACACUACUACCAAGUGGGGCGCCAGAUAACAGUGUGGGUUGCACGAAACCGCGUGCUGGACACCCGGGAAUUCGAUACCGUUUUGGUGGUCAGUCCGUAAGUCAGUUCAGUCAGUAAGUUACUCGUUUCGGACGUACCCAAUAGAACAGUGGUUCGCUGUUUAGUAGCAACGCAAAGUUCCCAACGAUCCGACGAAGUGCAGGCUGAGAUCUCAAGAUGCUCUCGAAGCUCAUCACCGUGGCGUGUUUGGUGGCGGUGGCCAUCGCCGAGUCGGAGCUGAAAGUGGACGUCGUCAGCGUACCGGAGGGCUGCACAACGAAAACAAAGAACGGCGACAUGCUGACGAUGCACUACACCGGCAAGCUGACCGAUGGCACCAAAUUCGACUCAAGCUUCGACCGCGACCAGCCCUUCACGUUCCAGCUCGGAGCCGGCCAAGUCAUCAAGGGAUGGGACCAGGGCCUUACGGACAUGUGCGUCGGCGAGAAGCGCAAGUUGACAAUCCCACCAGAGCUCGGCUAUGGUGACCGAGGAGCCGGCAACGUUAUCCCCGGCGGUGCCACGCUCCUUUUCGACGUCGAGCUGAUCAACAUUGGCGACUCGCCGCCGACCACCAACGUGUUCAAGGAGAUCGACGAGAACAAGGAUAUGCAGCUGAGCCGCGAAGAGGUUAGCGAGUAUCUGAAGAAGCAGAUGGUGGCAGCCGACGGUGGCCAGGAGUCGGAGGACAUCAAGAACAUGAUCGCCGAACACGACAAGCUGGUGGAGGAGAUCUUCCAGCACGAAGACAAGGACAAGAACGGGUUCAUCUCGCACGACGAGUUCUCUGGCCCGAAGCACGACGAGCUGUAAGACUGGGCUUUCGGCCAACUACCUGAAGGGUGCUCCGAAAGCUGCGAGUUUGUUGCUGUUUUCCACGUUUUUCUUUUAGUAAUUGUAUGAAAUUUUACGUUUUGCCAAUGCCCGGUCCAAAACAUACGGUACUAUUUUACUGUACGGCUAGUUAGUACAAGGCGACGAGCGAACGGCGCCGUUCGCUUCCGCGGUUCCACGCCGGUGGAAUGGGAAGUGGCACCCAACGGUGGUUCUGUGCAAAUACGAGAAACAUUCAAUUGUUGACCAUUUGUUGAUUUUUUCGAUCGUUAGUUUUCCGUUGGAGGGAUAAGUUCCACGUUUGAGAUUCGUUUGCUGCUGCCAGCAAGACUUAUUUAUGAUGCUCACAGUUCCCCGACUUUUACUGUAAAAUGCGGUUUGAAACGCGUUCUACGUGCGUUGGCAAUCGUAACACACUUUUUAAGCUAACAACACACAUUCCUGAUUCUACUUUUACUCAAAAUACAGAUACCCCUCGAUGAGGCCCCACCGCGUGGGAUACAGUUUUACACCCAGAUAAAAGGUCCAUUCUUAAGUUUGAUCAUGUAAAUACAUUCACAUCACGCACAAGAUUCCUGAGGAGAGCGGCCGCAUUUCAGUUUUAGAACAAUCUGACUAGAAUCGUUCUUAGCUAAAUAUGAAAAUAACGACAUCGGUGCGAUAAAACACACAUGCACACACGAACUACAUAUCACAACAACGGAAAAUAAAA